GCGCGCCAUCUCCUCGAACAGCUAAUAGGGUAGGUCAUCAAUAUCCGAUCGGUGGUGGUCCGACACCCUGCACCCCCGCCGAUCAGCUGUACGAGGAGACGGCGCGCACAGUGUACACAUGCCAUCUCCCUUCCUGUCCGCUGCUGUAUGUCUAUGGGACUGCAAAUGAGUGCGGAACGAAAUUGCGGACGUGUGAAUGGAGCCUUAUCCUGAGGAUAGGUCAUCAGGGAAAGAAAAUCUUGGAAAACCCCUUUAAGGGAAAGUGACAGGCCAUUUGACACAGACGGGGUAGGACUGAGAGCUUUAUGUGGCUGAACAUCCCAGAACUCUAAAUGAAAUCUUGCAAUACACAGCGAGGGGCUCCUCUGAAGAGAAAUCAAUGGUAAUGUGAUUUCACGGCCCUGGAAUGUCGAUAUCGCACUCCAGCCGCUCUCCUGCUGCCUGUAAAGUAAUGAAAUGAAAUCUACUUGUUUCCUCUGUGGAGUCUUUACUGGGAAACUGCGAACUUUAGAAUUACUGUUCCUUCCAUCUAUCUGUCCGCGGGUGAUUCUGGUUGAGGGCCUGCAAUUGGGGUGAAAUGAAAAAUCACAAUGGACUAGAGAUUUAGGUUGUGUUCAUACUUUGCGGAUACGCUGUGGAUUUUGCAAAAUGUUGGGCGUAUUACCAAAUCGCUUCCGCGUAGUAUGUGAACAUAUGCUGUGGAUUUCUGCCAUGGGUUUAAAUGGAUGUGGUACAUUUGUGGCAGGUCCGCAGCAAAGUCCACAACAUGUCGGCUCCAAAUAUGUCUUGUGGGUUUGUUUUGAAUUUUGCGGUGGAUUUUUCCUGCUGAAUGUGCAUGUCUGGUAGACGUACCCUUCAUUAUAGCAUCAGGUGCUAUUAUUCCCGGUAGAAACGAAUACUUAUAAAAACUUCAUACGGAGUCUGAUUUCUGCCUGUCGUAAGAAGAAAGGAGAAAGAAUGGGCUAUGUACUGUAUGUGACUCCAUAACUGCUUCCGUGUGAUGUCCCGAUCAGAAGCCUGCGUGGCAGAUGUUCGGUGAUAUAUCCGGAGAAGGAGAGCGCAGCAAGCAGUGGUAUUUUUCACGACAAAAUCAUAUACACCACGUUGGCCCUAAUUACAAUUCAGUGGGGUCCGUUUGACUUUUUUGGUGUUCGUUAUGGAGUCAGCUACUCCAAAACACAAUGGCUCAGGCUAUCCCUCAGAUGAAAGCUACAGUAAUGAGGCUUAUGUUGAGCAGCGCCCAUCUGUACUUCAUCCAGAUUACAGAGUUGCUCGCUGGUGUCACGACUUGAAGAUCCAGGACGGAGAGGCUGCCUGCUAUUCACCCCGAGGUGGUGGUUAUCGCAGUACGCUUGGAACGCGGUGCAGUUUGUCAUGUGACCAGGGAUACCGACUGAUUGGCCAGAGCUCUGUACGUUGUUUACAUAACCGCCGCUGGUCGGGAUAUGCUCACUGCAGGCGGAUCCAAUGUCAUGUUUUGCCAGCAAUCCCGUAUGGGUCAUACCAGUGUACGGCUGGUGUUUAUGAGGGUUCCCGUUGUGAUUAUACUUGCUCUCCAGGCUAUCAGAUUGAGGGUGAUCGCAAUCGUGUCUGCAUGGAAGAUGGGCUCUGGAGCGGAGGAGAACCUUUUUGUGUAGAUGUUGAUCCACCCAAGAUUCAGUGCCCGACUCCAAGGGUAAAAGUUGCCGAGCCAGAGAAACUGACCGCUGUGGUGUACUGGGGAAGCCCGAAGGUCAAGGAUACAGCUGAUGGUGUUAUAACAAGAGUGUUGCGGAGAGGUCCUGAACCAGGAUCUCAGCUCCGUGAAGGUGAACACAUCAUCCGAUAUACAGCAUAUGACAGCGCAAACAACCGCGCAAGCUGUAAAUUUACAGUAAAAGUACAAGUAAGAAGAUGUCCCAUUCUUUCUCCUCCACUUCACGGUUACAUCACCUGUAGCUCUGCUGGGAAUAACUACGGAGCUAAUUGUGAAUAUCACUGUGAGGGGGGCUAUGAGCGUCAGGGGCCAGCUCUGCGGGUCUGCCUAUUCAGUCAGCAGUGGGCUGGAUCCCCAGCGAUAUGUACACCCAUGCAGAUCAACGUCAACGUGAAUUCUGCAGGCGGCUUCAUAGACCAGUUUUUUGAGAAGCAGCAACUACUGAUUAUUUCUACCCCCAGCUCUUCGGACAGGUACUACAGACUUCAGAGUGCUGCUCUGCAGAGAGCAACUUGUGGUCUGGAUCAGCGUCAUGUCGUAGUGGUUGAGUUGGUGGGAGAGAUGCCAAAAGAGGUGGGACGUGUACGAGCUCAGCAACUGUCAACAGAACUCAUCGAGCAAUUAAGACAGGCCUUGCAUAUCUCCAGAUCAUACUUCAAUAUGGUUCUCAUCGACAAGUACGGUGUUGACCGGGAACGAUACGUGGAACCUACGACCUCCGAUGAGAUCUUCACUUUUAUAGACACCUAUCUACUGAGCCCCUUGGAACUCGCUCAGCUGGAGGCCAACAAGGAGAACUGUGAAUGAUGGACAUCGCUGCUGCUCUGCACAAAGAGGGAACUGGUGAUCGAAUCCGUGGAAACAGUCAUAAUCCUAGCGGAAAUUAGUUUUUUUAAAUAAAAUAUUUAUUAAAUAAAACUCGUAUAAACUAGAA